UCACAAAGGAAGUAGGUCCUGCUCCUUUCCUGUGUUGUUGCUGCUGCUGUAUUUUCGCUGCUCGCUUGAACACUAAUGUAACCUUUAACCGGUGCGGGCUAGCUCGUGUAGCUUUACAAAAAAAAAACAGCCUUGCCUUAAUUAUUUAUUAUUAUUUACUGUAAACCGUCGUCUUUGCGGUCGAGCAAACGCGGAGCGCCGCGGCAGCCACAACAAAGCGGCGCCUCUGCGGUUAAUUCACUGCUGCUGAUUGUGUUAGCUUAGCUCCGAUGCUAACGGCUGCUAACAAAUCAGAGCCGCUCAUCACGGCGCUUGUUUACAGGGUCGUUUAGCCUCCUUUUGCAAGUCGUUGCUGCCCAGGGUACUCGCCGCCGAGGUGAAAAUGGGAUGCUAAUUGUUAUAAAAUGAAGGGAAAGUCUGUCAUGGCGAACGAGGAGGGGGAAGAAGAAGAGUACAACGUGAUAACUGUCAAAACAGAGUCGGACUCGGAGCAGCAGACCUCAUCCCCCGAGGAAGAUGAAGACGAAGAACACGCUACCAAUGGAUGCGGUCUGAACGUUUUGAUAAAGGAGGAGCCCCGUCUGCUGGAGAUCGGCGAGGAUUACUGCGAGGACACGUCGAGCUGCUUAGACGCCGAGUCCGACGCGGCCACCGGUCGCUACCACCCGGUAGGACGCGUCAAAGCCGAGUCUGACUUUGACCUUCCUUUCGUUUGCGGCUCCGACGGAGCUGCCGUCAAGGAGGAGGCGAGAUCCUGGUUUAAAGAGGAGAGGGAGAGUGAAGAUGAGGAUGGAGAGGAGGAGGAGGAGGAAGAAGACGAUCUGGGGAACAGCCAGGAGGAGUUUGAGGAAGGAGAGGGUGUCUGCACAGAGCUGUCCUCAGACUUUUUUCCUUGUCCCCACUGCACCAUCUCCUUCACUGACCUGGACUAUCUGGAGAAACAUGUCAAGUGGGUCCAUCAGAAAGAGUACCUGGCUAACCUCAAAAAGAGCCUCCCAAACCACACCCUAAGCUUCAACCCAAAACACACUUGCUCUGUCUGCGGCUGCAACUUAAAAUCCAAAGUCCACCUCAGCAUCCAUAUGCGGCAGGCCCACCCCACUGCUCCUCCCCGCAGGCUUCAUCCAUGCCCGACGUGUGCACGUAGCUUCCAGUACCUGAAGAACCUGAAGAACCACUGCACCCGCUGGCACAACAUGUCUGUAGUCAUCCGAGGGGGGCACCUCAGUUGCGCCGACUGCGGAAAGAGUUUCAAGGCCACCUGGGGCCAAGGCCGCCAUAUGUGUCACGAACCAAAUGUUGAAUCUGAGGAUAAGCCGAUCUGUCUGGAUACCGGUUUGCCCUGUCCAGAGUGUGGCAAGAAGCUGCGUACGCCCCAGAGCCUGGGGGACCACAUGCGGACCCACACUGGGGACCGGCCGUUCGUCUGCAAGGACUGCGGGAGGAGGUUUGGGGAGCGUAGCAGCUGGCGUCAACACAUGAAGAUACACCUCGGCGACAAGCCAUUUAAAUGUGAUGUGUGUGGCAAGGCCUUCAUAAGGUCACACCACCUGAAGUCCCACCUAACCACACACUCGGGGAAGAAGGAAUACUCUUGCCUCGAGUGUGGAAAGGAGUUUGGGUUCAAGUCAAGUCUGGAUCUUCAUGUGAGGACGCAUUCCAGUGAGAGGCCUUUCCACUGCAACGUUUGCGGAAAGAGCUUCAACACGCGGAGAAACCUGAGGGUUCACUCCAAACUUCACAACAACGGGAAGGCUCACCAGUGUGGGGAGUGCGGACUGGAGAUCAGAGAUCUUGGAGCUUUGAAAGUCCACUUACGGACGCACACCGGGGAGAGGCCUUACCACUGCACAGUGUGCGGCAACAGGUUCAUUCGCCUCUCGCAUCUGAGAAACCACCAACGCACCCACACUGGCGAGAGACCCUACAAAUGCACCGAAUGCGACAAGAGUUUCGUUCAGUCCGGUGACUUGGUGAAGCACAAGAGGACCCACUCCGGGGAAAAGCCCUUUGAAUGUCCAGAGUGCCACCGCUGCUAUACUUCCUCCGGCGACCUGGGCAAACACAGGAGGAGCCACACUAACCUGCGCCCCUACACGUGCAAGGACUGCGGCAAAACCUUUCGCUUGUCGGGCCAUUUGAAAACGCAUAUGCUAACCCAUACGGGGGAAAAGCCGUACUCCUGCCCAAACUGCCUCCGUAGGUUUGCGCGCUCUCACCAUCUUUCUGGGCAUGUAGCUAAAUGUCGCUGAGCUCUUCUGAGAAGAAUGCAAAUGAGACGACCGCGGUUUGAAAUAAAGAAAAUCUCUGCUGCAUUCAAUCCGAUGGUACGUUCACACCGAACUCGAAUGAGGCGACCUGAGCAGGUGAUUUAUCCCUAUGCAAAAAGGCGUGUUCAAUUCAAUUCAAUUUUAUUUAUAUAGCGCCAAUUCAUGA